CUCUCUCUCUCUCUCUCUCUGAGUUGACCCACUUUGAGGACUUGAUCCUGCCUCCCCCCCCUUAUAAUCUCCUAAUUGCAGCAUUUUGUUCCACUCUGCCUUCUGAGAUGGCAAUGCUUUAUUAGCCUUCUCUAAUACAUACAUACAUACAUACAUACAUACAUACAUACAUACAUACAUACAUACAUACAUCUUUUAAUGCCAUAUCUUCCAUGAGGUGCCCUUGGUGCCUCUGUCCUUUUCCCCUCUUGGCUGCAGAGCAGCUAGAGAGAGUUUCUGCCUGCCCUUUGGAGACAACUUAGGGUCCUUCGGUGUGGGUCUCCCUAUUUCCCCCACCCCCAUCCUGACACGUCUCCCUGGGAGGAAAUGCAGGAAAAUUGAGGACUGGGUGAGGUGGGGGGAGGGGAUGCACACCUGAGAAAGAUGACCAGGCAGUUGCAUUACCUGGGCUGGUUUUAAUCUGCCCUUUUAUCGCUGCUCCCUGCAGCUUUACUCAUUUCCAGUUGAACUCAGCAGAGUUUCCAUUCUGGCUGGUCACUCCAAGAACUAAGAAUGAAUACCCAAGUUGGCUUUCCCCCUCUUCUUUCCCCAAUCUCUUUUCCUUCUGUCAAUAGCUUGGGUGUAACCUUCGAUGCCUCCCUUUCCAUGGAGCCGCAGGUUGCACCCACAGCAAAGGUGGCAUUUUUCCAUCUCUGCAGUAUUAAGCAGUUGGUCCCUUACCUUUCUCGCCCCGAUCUGGCCAUAGUGAUCCAUGUGACUGUCACCUCCAGGCUUGAUUAUUGUAACUCGUUCGACGCGGGGCUGCCCUUGAAGCUGACCCAGAUACUCCAGCGGGUGCAGAAUGCCGCGGCGAGGCUCCUUAUGGGGUCCUGGUCGCGGGAUCACAUUCAUUCCAGUGCUUUACCAGCUGCACUGGCUCCUGGUGGAGUACAGGGUCAGGUUUAAGGUGCUGGUUUUGACCUUUAAAGCCCUAUGCUGCCUAGGACCCUCGUACCUAUGAGACUGCCUCUCCUGGUAUGCCCCACGGAGGACUUUAAGGUCUGCAAAUAAUAACACCCUGAAGAUCCCAGGCCCCAGGGAGAUUAGACUGACCUCAACCAGAGCCGGGGCCUUUUCAGCCAUGGCCCCGACCUGGUGGAACACUCUGUCACAAGAUACCAGGGCCCUGCGGGAUUUGACAUCUUUCCGCAGGGCGUGCAAGACAGAACUGUUCCGCCUGGCCUUUGGUUUGGACUCAGUCUGACCCAUAUGUUUCCCUCCCCUUAUGGUUUUGAUUUAUGGGCUACUACUAAAAUGAGACUGCAUUUUAAAUUGUAUUUUAACCCGUAUUUUAAUUAACUGUUUUUUUCUUUUUCUUUUACAUUUUAUUGUAAUUUUAUUGGUGUUAGCUGACCUAAGCCCAGUUCUGGCCGGGGAGGGCGGGGUAUAAAUAAAAAUUACUUACUUUUGUGUUGUGUGUUUUUAGGUUUGUUAGCCUGAUGUGGGCACGGACUGUCCUGCUACUGAUAUUUGCAAACUGUUCUCAGGUCCCCGGUCUUUUUGCCAGGGCAUGAUUUUUAAAAGCUGUAAAUAAAUAAAUAAAUAUUUAUUUAUUUAUUUAUCUAUAAAUUUUUAUUUAUUUAUUUGUAAAUAAAGAGCAGGCUUUUGUGUCUGUGUGGUGGGGUGUAAUUUGAAAGUAGGGCUUGCUACAAAAUAUUUGCCUUGAUUGGGGCUGCCACUGAAAACGAGUCAGGCUCUAUGGGAACAAGCUGGAGGAGGAUCUGUCAAUUGGGGGAGGGGGCAGCGAUUACUUGACAUUAGCAGCCCCUCAACUCAAUUUCAGGCUCUUGCUCUGUUGAGACUGGCCUUCUUCACACGUCUGUAGUCCUGCUGUGCCUGAGGGCAAUAUCCUGUUUCUGACCCCUGGCCUUCCUCCAGGUUCUCUGCAGCACACUGCCCCUGCAGCUGGAGGCUCCAUUUUUGCCCUUCGUUGUGGGCCAGUUUCAACCCUUGCAGUCAGACACCCACACAGCUGCCUCUUUGGUGGAAAGGAAACAUACAGGGCAGGCCUAGAGGAGGAGCUGAAGUGAAGAGAAGGAACAUCGUCAUCAUCAUCAUCAUCAUCAUCACAAUUAUGCAGCUCAUUCUUUCAGUCCCAGCAAUGUGUGAAGUAUGGGAGGGCAGGUCCCUGCCCAAAAGGGGCUUCCGGUUGAUAAUUUCAUAUUUAGGGCAAUACCUUCCUUAGGGCCAUUGGAUCACCACUGCAUCUUGUGGCAUUGAGUUCCAGAAGUAAAUUCUGUGUUUGUGCCAAGAAGGAGUUCCUCUUUUUGGGGAACUGUUAUUUUCCCUUCCUGCCAAACUGCUCCAUAGGUGGGUGACUGGGUGUUGCUCUUGAGUGUUUUGAGGGGUGCUGAUGUGCUCUCAGGUCCAAUGUGGUGACUGCCGGGGGCCGGGGAGGUAGGGGAAAAGAAGAGGGAGGGCUGUGAGCACCAACACUGCAGAGGUGGCAGAGGGACGGGCUGGUAGUGAAUAUUUGCCGGCUGGGAAGCCAGUGGAAAUCGCAGUGCAGUGGCUUGUGGCCUCAGCUUCUUAGCAAAGGCAGACUUGAAAAAUAAAGCACAGAGGAAAACGGGGGAGAUGUGUGUGUUUGUGUGUGGAGGUGGUCCAAAGGGAACACUGAUCUGAUGGAACGAGGAUGUAAUUACCUUCCUUUGCCUCCUUCCAUGCCUGUAAUUGUGGUUUCGGAAAGACAUUCCGUGUUGUGCAAAUGUGCUUGCUGAAGCAAGAGGGUUGAGCGCCUCUUUCCUUUCCUUGGGGUGGGGCAUGUGUGUGUGUGUGUGUGUGUGAGAGAGAGAGAGAGAGAGAGAGAGAGAGAGAGAGAUUUCUCUCUCUCUUACACACACAGACUCUUACUGGUUGUUGGGAUGUUGCCGUUUUGCCCUGAUUUGGUUCUCUGUCCUUUUGUGGAGGGGAUUCUCAAACCCUGCUAAUUUCUCUCUCUUUUUUUGGCAUUGCCCCCCCCCCCAUUUUUGCUUCUGUUUUUGCCUCUGUUGGCGGUUGCAUCUGCUGAUCUAGCAUUUGCCAGCCUUGUCUCCCACCACCAUGUGUUUUCCCAAAUAAGCUCUCGUUUGUGCUCAUUUACAUAUCAUAAUAAUUAUUUUUUGGGGAGGGUGAGGGUGGAGAGGCUUGUGGAAGCCUUGGAAUUACCUAGACUGUGUUUAUACUGGAGCUUGUUUCUCAAGUGGCAAUCUCUGCAUUGGCUUCUCUCUCUCCAGAUGGUAAUUAUUUCCUUCUAAGAUCAGGAAAUAAUGCCUAUCUUUAUCUCCCAUUUUCACAGGAGGUGAUGGGUGGGGGUGUUGUUGCCCCCCCUAUAAGAGCAAAGGUACUUCCCCCUUCCCCCUCCACCCCCUGCAAAGGCCACACAGCAAGCUGGGGUCAAACCCAGGUAGCAAAAGCAGGAAUUCCUGGCCUCCAGGCUCAAACCACAGAUUGCUGGAAGACUUGUUCUCUUUUGCUAAAAACCCUCUCCUGCUUCUGUCAAAGUCUCUUGUGCCCAGAUCUCAAAGCCAACCCAGGCUGGCAGCCCCUUGGCAUUUUUGGCAAGGGGAUCCAUUCCCUUUCCUGCGCCACCAGAGCAGACACAGAGAGAGGUUUUUAGGUUGCUGGUCAUCACUGCCUCUAUUGCUGGAGACUACUAGCCUUACCCAACCCAGUGCCCUCCAGGUUUUCUGGACUUGAAAUCCCCAACCUGUCCUGGGGCUGAGGGGAAGUGUAGCUGUGCUACCCUGUUUCUCAUAUUUUAAGACAUAUCCAUAAAAUAAGCCAUAGCAGGAUUUUUAAGCAUUCAAGGAAUAUAAGCCAUACCCCGAAAAUAAGACAUAGUGAUAGGCGCAGCAGCAAUGCCGGCCGCGGCAGGAGGAGGAGGAAAAAAAUAAGACAUCCCUUGAAAAUAAGCCAUAGUGUGUUUUUUUGAGGAAAAAAUAAAUAUAAGACAUGUCUUAUAAUAUGAGAAACACGGGUAGUUUUGACCUGCAGACCAGUGAAGCUGAAUGUUGGCAGGUUCAGAACAGAUAAAGUCCUUCUCUGUGCAGUGCAUAGUUAUAAACUAUGGAACUCCCUCCCGAGGGAUGGCAGGAAAAGAGGACUGGACAAAUUCAUGCAUGAGGAGAAGGCUAUCAAUGGCUACAAGACACCAUGGCUGAGGCAGCAAUGCUUCUGCAUACCAGUUGCUGGAAACUGCAGCAGCAGAGAGUGCUGUAGUGCUCGGGUCCUGCUUGUGGGCUUCCUAUAGACACCUGGUUGGCCACUGUGAGGACAGGAUGCUGGACUAGAUUUGCCCCCUUUGGCCCAAUCCACCAGGGCUUAUCGUAAGUUCUCCUGAAUCACUGUGACCAGGCUCUCUCUGCCUCUCUCUUCCUGUGCUGUGUUUGGUGGUUGCUGUGUGUGGUGGCCCGGUCUUCUUCAGCCUGGUGCCCUCCAGAUGCUUUGGACCACAACUUCCAUCACCGCCACCCCCUGCUACCAGCCAGCAUUGAAGAUGCAGCCCAAUGCAGGGAGCCUUUUUUCUGCAGUGCAGGAGAAUGUGAAACUGAGCUCCUUUGCAUGCCUGAUCUUGCAGAGGGCUGCCCAGUGGACAGAAGUAGCAAUUAGAAAAAUGGUGUGUUGAGCUGCCUUGAACACCCCCCCAAAAAAACAUCUUUACACCGUAGACAUGUGUGGUUACUUCAGCACUGGAAUAAACAACAGCUGUCAAUCUUGGUUUUACAGGGACCUAACUGUAUGUUGUGUUAAUUGAGUGUCGGGAAACAGUAAGGGGUGUGUGGGUGUGUGUGGGUGUGAGAGAGAGAGGUGCAAACAAGGAACCUCCACAUGUUCAAAGGCAUUUUGGCUGUCAGUCUGUUUUUAAAUACAGUGGUACCUUGGUUUAAGAACACCUUAUUUUAUGAACAACUGCAACGCUGCAAACCUGGAAGUAGGUGUUUUGGUUUGUGAACUUUGCCUUCAAAUAAGAACAUUUCGCUUCCUGUUGAGUGUGUUCCAUUUGUAAAUUGAGUACCCCGCUGCUAUGGGAAAGCACGCCUUGGUUUAAGAACACUUUGGUUUAAGAACAGAUUUCCGGAACGGAUUAAGUUCGUAAGCCAAGGUAAUUCCUUUGUAAAGGGAGUGUUUCCCUUAGAGAAGGGCUUGAGGGGCAUUUGUGGCCCUUGGUACUCUCUCUCUGGCCCUCAGGACUCUCCCUAGGCCACGCCUCUGACUAUCCCUGCUUUGUGCCCUGCUUGGGUGUUUUCCCUAGCCUGAAUUGUGACCUUGAACUCUCCUAAUGCUUUUUGCUUGCCAGGAUGCAGUGUGAUUGUGAGUGUGUGUAGAAAAUAGGCUACUGCACACAGGCACAAUUGAAAUGCAUUGCUAUGCCCACUUUGGCCUCUGGCCCCUCCCACUGCUGGCAUACGGCCCUUGGAAGAUCGCCCAGAAAGGAAUGCGGCCCUCGGGCUGGAAAAGGAGCUUUUCCUUAAAGCAAAGGGAUUGGGCCUUUGAGCCUGGUGUCUUGGAAGCUGCUGUGUUGUGGUUGUUGUGGUUGUGCCCUUUUCAUGUCUACAUCUCCUUCCUUUCUCUUUCUCUUUCUCUGUUUCCUUCACGCUCUCCUUUCGCCUUGCCUGGUCUCUCUGCCAAUCCCUGUCUUUGGGUCAAUUUCUGUCUUCCCCUCCUUUACAACAGACCAGCCAGUAAAAAGCACCCUCACCUGCCCAGGUUGAGCAGCCUGUCUUCCUUGGGCGACUCAGCUCCAGAACGGCGCUCUCCUGGCCACCGCCGCCAGCCAUCUGACUCCAGCGAAACAACAGGUUUGGUCCAGCGUUGCGUCAUUAUCCAGAAAGACCAGCAUGGCUUUGGCUUCACUGUCAGUGGGGACAGAAUCGUCUUGGUGCAAUCUGUACGGCCAGGGGGGGCCGCCAUGAAGGCCGGCGUUCAGGAGGGUGACCGGAUUGUCAAAGUGAACGGGACGAUGGUGACCAACAGCUCCCACCUGGAAGUUGUGAAGCUCAUAAAAUCUGGUGCUUACGUCGCUCUCACCCUCUUGGGCUCCCCUCCUCCCUCCGUGGGGUUUCUGGGUUCCCAGCAGGAUGGGCACCAGCCGGGGGCUCCUCAGGUCACACCGGCAUGCCCUCCUCCGCCCCCUCCGCCCCCACUUCCUCCACCGCAGCGCAUCACAGGGCCAAAGCCACUGCAGGAUCCAGAAGUCCAGAAGCACGCAACACAGAUUCUCCGGAACAUGCUGAGGCAGGAGGAGGCAGAGCUGCAGCGUUGCUACGAGGCCUACAAUCGGAAUCCAGCUUCCCUGAUCGAGGAACAGAUUGAAGGUGCUCGCCGGAGAGUCAAUCAGUUACAGCUCAAGAUCCGCCAAGAGACAGGAGGGUUUCUGGAUUCCACCACCCGGCUAUUCGGUGACUUCAGCAGUUCCCGAGUCACUGAUGGGCGCCUCUCCUUGGACUCUCAGGACGGGGACAGCGGCAUGGAUUCUGGCACAGAGCGGUUCCCCUCUGUCAGCGAGAUCUCCCUGAAUCGGAAUUCGGUCCUGUCUGACCCCGGCUUGGACAGCCCCCACACCUCCCCAGUCAUCACCUCCAGAAUGUUCCAGCACCAUCGGCGCCAGGGCUCAGACACGCCAUUCUCCCCCUCCGCAGAACAGGGCUCGGAUCGGAUGCUGAGGCCGCUCAUCAUUGGUCCAGAGGAAGAUUACGACCCGGGAUACUUCAACAAUGAGUGUGACUCCCUCUUCCAGGAUUUAGGGAGGCUGAAGACGCGGCUGGCGCACUUGGGCGUCUUCUUGCGCUACAUCUUCUCUCAGGCUGACCCGAGUCCUCUGCUGCUAUACUUGUGCGCAGAUGUUUGCCAGCAGAUGAGCCCCAAGGAAGCCCGGGGUCUUGGGAAGGACAUUUGGCACAUCUUCCUGGAGAAAACUGCGCCUCUGAGAGUCAAGGUCUCUGAUCAAUUGUUGGCUGAGAUAGACUCCUGUCUGCGGAACGGGGAGGAUGUCCGAAGCAUUUUUGUAGAGGCCCAGGAGGCCGUUAUGCCUGAGAUCCAGGAGCAGAUCCAGGAUUACAGGACCAAGCGCACUAUGGGCCUGGGAAGCUUGUACGGGGAGAAUGACUUGAUGGACCUUGAUGGAGACCCCCAGAAGGAGCGCCAGGUGGCCGAGAAGCAGAUCGCUCAGCUUGGAGACAUUCUAUCGAAAUACGAAGAGGACAGGAGCGCCCCCAUGAGCUUCGCCUUGAACACCUACAUGGGCCAUGUGGGGAUCCGUCCGCGAGAGGCACGCCCAGUCAGCGUCGUGGAGAAGUCACAGGCACAAGAAAAAGACAAGUGGCUGCCCUUCUUCCCCAAGGCCAAGAAGAGCAGCAGCACCAAGAAGGAUAAAGAUGCCAUGGAGGACAAGAAGCGGAACCCCAUCCUCAAGUACAUUGGGAAGCCCAAAAGCUCCUCCCAGAGCACAUUUCAUGUCCCCUUGUCCCCUGUUGAAGUUAAACCCGGCAACGUGAGGAACAUCAUCCAGCACUUUGAGAACAACCAGCAUUACGACUCGCAGGAGCCUGGCUUGCAGCGCCUCUCCACCGGCAGCUUCCCUGAGGACCUCCUGGAGUCGGACAGUUCCAGGUCGGAGGUCAAACUCGGCCGGUCGGAGAGCCUGAAGGGCCGGGAGGAGCUCAAGAGGUUGCGGAAAGCAGAGAAUGUGCCUCGCUCCCGCAGCGAUGUAGAUAUGGACGCCGCUGCUGAGGCCACCCGCCUCCACCAGUCGGCCUCAUCUUCUGCGUCCAGCCUCUCUGCCAGGUCUCUGGAAAACCCCACACCGCCGUACACUCCCAAAAUGGGGCGCAGAAGCAUCGAGUCCCCAAACUUGGGCUUCAGCACCGACUCCUUCCUGCCCCACCUGCUGGAGGACGACCUCAUCCAGCUCUCGGACCUGGACCUGGAGCUGGACUCUCAAAACUGGCAACACACCGUCGGCCGUGAAGUCGUGUCUUCCCUGACGCAGCGGGAGAUCGACCGCCAGGAAGUCAUCAAUGAGCUGUUUGUGACAGAGGGCUCUCACUUGCGGAUCCUGCGUGUCCUGGACGUUCUCUUCUACCAACGCAUGAGAAAGGAGAGCCUUCUUUCCCGGGAGGAGCUGGCCCUCCUCUUCCCCAACCUCCCAGAGGUCUUGGAGAUCCACAAUUCUCUUUCGGAAUCGAUGAAGAGGCUGCGAGAGGAAGGGCCCAUCGUCAAAGAGAUUGGGGACCUCAUGCUUUCACGGUUUGACGGGGCUGCACGUGAGGAGUUCCAGCAGAUGGCUGCCCGCUUCUGCGCAUACCAGUCCAUGGCGCUUGAGCUGAUCAAAACCAAGCAGCGGAAGGAGACUCGCUUCCAGCUGUUCAUGCAGGAAGCCGAGAGCAACCCUCAGUGCCGCCGCCUUCAGUUGAAAGACCUCAUCAUCUCAGAGAUGCAGCGGCUGACUAAGUACCCUUUGCUGCUGGAGAACAUCAUCAAGUACACAGAUGGAGAGACCUUGGAGCACAAGAAGCUUUGCCAGGCCCGGGACCAGUGCCGAGAGAUCCUCCGGUAUGUGAAUGAGGCGGUGAAGCGGGCAGAAAACCAGCAGCGCCUGGAGGUCUACCAGAAGCGCCUAGAUGCCACUUCACUGGAGCGGACCAGCAACCCGCUGGCAGCGGAAUUCAAGAACCUCGACCUCCGAAGCCGUCGCAUGAUCCACGAGGGCCCUCUGAGUUGGCGGAUCAGCAAGGAUAAGACUGUGGAUCUUCACGUCUUGCUCCUUGAAGACCUCCUGGUACUUCUGCAAAAACAGGACGAGAAGCUGGUUCUCAAGUGCCACAGCAAGAUGGCCCUGGGCUCCUCGGACACCAAACAAACAUUCAGCCCUGUCCUCAAACUGAACGCAGUCCUCAUCCGCUCUGUGGCAACAGAUAAGCGAGCCCUCUUCAUCAUUUGCACUUCUGAAUUGGGACCCCAGAUCUACGAACUGGUAGCUUCGAGCUCUUCAGAAAAAAACACGUGGAUGGAACUAUUGGAAGAAGCGGUGAAGAGUGGUACCCGGAACGCCCCACAGCCUGCCAAGCGGCAUUCCCAGGAGCUCCCGCUGCACCCAGCGACUCCUUCCAGCCUAGUACUCCAGGAUGCUGACAUCUCCCCAAACCUGGCACCAAGCACCUCUGUGUCCACCCAGGAGGAGGACAUUUCAGCAGACGAUACCCCGACUGACCCCCUGGCUGAGGAGAGGCCCCUGGUACUGGUGGAAGAGCCAGAGGUUGGAGGCAGUGAGGAGAAGGAGCAGGAUGAGGAAGGCCUGUGUCCUGCUUUGUCGCCAUUCCCCACUGUGGAGAUGGAGCUUCCUCCUGGGCCUGAUGAACAGCUGCAGCCACUUCCGGAGGCUGCCUUUCCCGGGUGCCUGGCAGAGUCAGCCUUGCAGGACGUGGAGACCCUGCGGCACCUCCUCUUGCGCAGCUUCCUCCCCUGCCGGGAUGCUGACCCCGAGGAGGACCUGACCCCCACCCCUUCUGUGGUCGGGGCUGGCCAGCCUUGGGACUCUGUGCUGGCCAGUCAGGACUCGGGCAGCCAGGAGGAGCCGCCAGAGUCUGUGGAGAGCAGCGGAGCCGUGGAACUCCCCAAAUCUUCAGCAGCGGAUCCAGAGGGGGGCAGUGCUGGGCCGGAGGCUGAAGGCUCCCAGAGCACCGAGGAAGGGGAAGGGUCAGAGCCUCAUGGAGAUGAGAGGACGACAGACCCCUCCUCCGGCCAAGGGGCUGCUGCAGAAAGUGACAGACAGGGUGGCGGCAGCAGCAGCUACAAAGUAGUGCGGAAAGCAGAGGUGGAGGGAACUAACGGUGCUUUGCCUUUGACAGACGGCAGCCAGGCUGGAGGCGCAGCUCAUGAGGAUGGGAACUACUUCUACGUGAGCUUGCCGGCGGGUCCCGAGGAAUGCCAGCCGGACGCCAGGAGCCCCAGCCCCGUGGAGCCAGUCUGUCUUUCCAGCCCACCAAAGAGCUCCCCUCCUGCCAGGCCGCCACACAAGUGGCACCGUGCCAAGGAGAGCCCAGCAACAGGUUGGCUUGGCCACCUGGAAAGCCCGCCCGCUGCCCCAGAUCUCUCCCCCUCCAACCAAGUGGUCCGGGAUGUGGACGUCAUCUUCCAGACAAUAGAGCAGCUUUCCCUGAAGCUCACCAGGCUAAAGGAUGUUGAAAAGGCCCACCAGGAACUGCUGCAGUCCCUGAGCGGCAGCUCUACUACAGACAGCUCCACGCCAGUGGGCUGCGUGCCACCGGAGCUGAGCCAGCCACUGCCUGACAGCCGCCGAGUCUCCAGAGCCAGCAGUGAGGACCUUCUGCCCUUCCCACAAUCUCCGGGGGAGGCAGCAGCUGCCUUUGGCCAGAUCUCCCUUUCUGAAGACAGCCCCCGGGAGGUGACCCUUUAGGAAGGGGCAUUUUGCAACUGGAUGGACUGAAGGCAGGCAGGCAGGCGGACUCGCUCACGGGCAGAUCACUGCUCCCUCCUCUUCCCUGCCCACUUUCGAGGUCUCUGGGUUGAACUGAGGAGGCGGUCGGGGUCCUGUAGCAGCCAACGUAAAAAGCAGCAAAACCUGUGAUGGAGCAGAAGACAAACUGGAAUCCCUGGGAAGCACAUGCUGGAUUAAUUUGAACCCUGAAAAAAAGACUAUCUGUGGAGUUCUCCCCGUCAGGGGCUUCCCAGGAUGGACAGCCAAGCUCCCGGAGGGGUUUUAUUUGAGGGGGGGGCUUAAGAUGGAGAGAGCCCCCCGCUUCUCUCUCUCUCUGCCUGCAUGUCUCUUCCAUUUUGGGUAGGGGGUAGCCUCCAUUUGCUCCCCCCCCCCCCGGCUGAAUCAAUCGUGUACAUAUGCACACCUGCAUAUGCACCCCACAGACUGGCUUUUCCAAUGUAUAUGAAAGCUGGAAAUAUAUUCUGUAUAAUUGCACUUUUUCCAUUUUGUUUAUUUUGUUUUUCUCUCCAUGGUGUGGAAGAUCCCGCCCCCACUGGAGAGAGGUCCCAGCUGCUUCCAGACCUUAUUUGAUAUAAAUAUGUAUGUAUAUGCAUUGAGUUAUUGUAAAUAUAUGAAAAAGUUGUUGGGUUUUUUUUUUUAAAGCUAUGCCUCCAUACCCUGAUGGAUAUCUAGAAGAUGGAGAAGGCCCAUGGCCCCUGUAGCCCAGACUGGGUUGGUGGGGGUGGGGGGCAGCAAAGACCACUGCAACUCUCAGAGCCAUGGCAGCCCAAAGGGAUCAGGCAGGCGACGGCCUCCCUCCCUCCCCUGCGCCCCCACCCCAAACCCUCUCAGGGCAGAGUGGCUGCCCUCCACCCCACAAGCAUCGCUGUCUUCCGCUCUGGCACUUUCUUCGUGAGAGGUGGGAGAGGGCUGGGCUGUGGUGUGGUGACGCCAAGGUCGGCCGCCUGCCUUGCAAAUUGGGUCCUCAUGCCGUUUUAUUUGGGGAGGGGGCGCCUGCUGGUGCUAUGACAAUCUGCCUCUCUCCCCAGUCGCCCGGAGGAGCCUCUUUCCUCCCGUGGCCAGUCUGACUUUGCCACGGUGCAGGAGGGGUUUGGGCUGAAGCAGAGGGCAGGCGACCCUCUUAGUUCUCAGGCUUGCCACCCCCCAACCCAGCCUAGCCGGGCCGUGCA